UGACGUCAAGACGCUAGGCUGGGGAUCACGGAAGCGCCCUGGCAUUGUUUACAUUCUGCUCUUUGUUCCGACAAAAUGUCCAAAAAACGGUCGAAAAGCUCCGAGAGCCGGAGCCUGAGAGCCGCCAUCGACCAGCAGCUGACGGCGGCCGCGGACCACAUCUUCUGGCUGCUGAAGGAGCGCGGGCAGGCGCAGCUGGAGGAGCUGAGGGAGCUGGUGACGGAGCGGAUCACCGCGGCCGUGGAGGAGAUCUUCACCGCGUUCAGAGCCACCAGGACGCCCCGCGGAGAACCGGAGGGACCCGGGGACAGACCCAGACCGGGACCCGGAGCAGACAGCGCAGAAUUGUGUCUGUCUGUCGGAGUCAGGAGUCUCUCCACUGAAAAACAUCUGAAAUCCGACGUCUCCAUGGAUGACCGACUGAAGGAGCCUCUGCCCGGCACGUCCUCCAGACUGGAGACUGUCAACGAACCAGACCACCAACCGGCCUCUCCAGAGGAUCCGGCUGGUGAGGAGGAGAAGGAUGACGAAGAGGAGACAUCUCACCGCUGCAGAGUGUGUGGGAAAUCCUUUGACAGGAAAGGUUUCCUGAUGAAGCACGUGGAGAAACACUCAAAGGAGGCGGAGUGUCUGUGCGGUCUGUGUGGCGAGCGUUUGGAGUCCAGCAACGGCCUCAAGCUUCACCUCCAAACUCACCGAGACAGCAGCAGAACCUGCGACAUCUGCGGCAAGAAGUUCCCCUCGAUCCGAGCUCAGGAGACGCAUCUGAGGCUGCACACUGGAGAGAAACCCUUCAGCUGCCAUGUCUGCGGAAAAGGCUUCAAUCAGAAGGGCAACAUGGUGACGCACAUGAGGAUCCACACGGCAGAGAAGCCGUUCAGGUGCACUGUCUGCCGCAAAGAGUUCAGCCACGCCGGGUCUCUGGAGCGACACAUGAAGGCCCACGAUGGACAGACACCGUUCAGCUGCAAAGUCUGCAGGAAGGGAUUUGCAAAAAGCACUGAGCUGAGGCAACACGUCCGGAGCCAUGAGUCCGACAACCAGCCCGCUGUCAGGAACCGACGCAGGAAACCAAGUCUGACCCCCUCCCACUGCUGCAAGGUCUGCGGGAAUGCCUUCCACAAUAAAGGGAACUUUGUGCGACAUGCUGAGACUCAUUUAAAUGAUCCUGAAUGUCGCUGUGGCGUCUGCGGAGAGCAGUCCGAGUCCUCAGAGAGUCUGCAGAUCCACAUCCAGUGCCACAGAGAAACCAGCAGGAUCUGCGACAUCUGCGGCAUCAGCUUCAGGGACAUGGAGAUCCACAUGAGGACACACACCGGCCAGAAACCCUUCAGGUGCAAAGACUGCGGUAAAGACUUCCCCAGGAAAGGUUCUCUGGAGCGGCACAUGAAGCUGCAUGCUGGCGAGAGGCCGUUCAUUUGUGAGUUCUGCGGGAAGACUUUCAUCGAAAACACUGUCUUGAAGAGACACAUCAAGAGCCACACGGGCGGGAAGCCAAGGAUUUACUCCUGUGACGUCUGCGGCAAGAAGUUCACUAUGAGCCAGCACCUGGACGUGCACAAGAGGAUCCACACUGGGGAGAAACCCUACACCUGCAGGGUCUGCGAGAAGAGCUUUCGGCAGAUCGGAAACCUGGACUCCCACAUGAGGAUUCACACAGGUGAGAAGCCGUUCAUCUGCAGCCUCUGCGGGAAGAGGUUUCGGCAGAAGAUCUCACUGGAGACACACGAGAGAUUCCACAAGAAGGAGAAACCGUUCGGCUGCCAGCUCUGCAGCAAAGGCUUUGUCCAGAAAAUCGACUUGAAAAGACACAUGCUGACGCACACCGGGGAGAAACCCUACAGCUGCCGGGUCUGCGGGAAGAGGUACCAGGAGAAACGCUCUGUGGACUCGCACAUGAAGGUCCACACCGGAGAACGAGCUGCCAAAGAUCCAACUGUGACACCAAACCUGAAACGUCAGGAAGGAAUUCAUGCCGACUUCAUCCAGCUGUUCUCAGAAAGUAGUUCAUCUGUACUGAAGGAGAUUUCCCUGGAGCCCGGAACUUUGGUACACCUGGACCAGAAGCACAGAACUUGCUCCUCUGUCUCUGAGUGUAGUGGGUGUGUUUGUCCUCCAGUCCAUCAGAGGGCGCUGUUCGCGCUGUUCGCUUCGCUCUCCUCUCAGCGAACUGUCGUCGACGCGGAACUCGGUGUCUCUGUUUACUUCCCCGCUGGCUCUCUUUGUUCGCUGGAGGCUCAGAUUGCGCAGAAAAGGAGGAAAAUGUGCGCCGUGCAGCUGCUGCGGGUGUCGGUCCACGAGCGGAUCAGCGCCGCCGCUGAAGACUUUCUGCUGCAGGUGGAGAAAGGAGAAGAAACGGCAGAAAUCCCGGCGCUGAGAGCGCUGCUCACCGAGCGGCUAAAGGCGGCGGCGGAGGAGAUCGUCGGUCUGUUUGAGGAAACCGUGGCGGAGUACGAAGACAGAGUGGAGCGGUCAGAGCGGGAGAUCUGCCGCCAGAGGAGGCUGCUCGAUGCCGUGCUGAAGCCCGAAGUCAGGCUGCACAGAGCAGAUGUUGAGCAGCUGCUGAGGAAAGAAGAGGUUCCCCCUGAGCAUCAGGAGUGGAGCCCCAGUCUGGACCAGGAGGACCCAGAGCCCCCCCACAUUAAAGAGGAACAGGAAGAAGUGUGGAGCAGUCAGGAGGGAGAGCAGCUUCAAGGGCUGGAGGAGGCUGAUAUCACCAAGUUCACCUUCACUCCUGUCCCUGUGAAGAGUGAAGAUGAUGAAGAGAAACCUCAGUCCUCAGAGCUUCAUCAGAGUCAGACUGAGGAGAACAGAGAGGACUGUGGAGGACCAGGACCAGACAGGAACCCAGGUCCAGACCCACGUUUACAACCUGUUAGUGAAGACAAUUCUCUGGACUCUACUGAGACUGACGACAGUGACUGUGAUUGGACACAGUCCAACGAGGCUCAGUUGGGUCCAGAGGUUCCUAAAAACAGCGAAGCUACUGAAAACGAUGUGGGAUCUUCGAUGAAGGAGCGACCGUUUCCCUGCUCGUACUGUGGUAAAAGAUUCAGCCUGAAGGGGAACUUGAACAGACACAUCAGAGACCACACAGGAGAGAGACCGUUUCCCUGCACCGGCUGUGAUAAAUCCUUUAAAGACAGCGGAUCGUUAACGGCACACAUGAGGUGUCACACCGGAGAGCAGCCGUACAGCUGCUUAUUCUGUGGGAAGAAUUUCAGUGGAAGAGGAAACAUGACCCGACACAUGAGGAUCCACACGGGAGAGAAGCCGUUUACCUGCUCGGUGUGUAACAAGAGUUUUCAUGUUAAAGAACACCUCAACAGACACAUGAAGUACCACACAGGGGAGAAACCUUUCAGCUGCUCUGUGUGUGGGAAAGGCUGUGCUCAGAAAACAGACCUGAAGAAACACAUGAGAGUUCACACAGGAGAGAAACCCUUCAGUUGUCCGUUCUGUGGAAAAUGCUGCGCUGAAAAAGGAGACUUGACCAAACACAUGAGAGUUCACACAGGAGAGAAACCAUUCAGCUGCAACAUCUGCGGUAAGAGCUGUGCCCAGAAGGGAAGCCUGAAGAUCCACAUGAGGAUCCACACCGGAGAGAAACCAUUCAGCUGCUCCGUCUGUGGGAAGUGUUUUACUGUGACAGGACACCUGAAGAGACAUAUGAAGCUGCAUGCAGCAGAGGGUCCGGUGACGCAGGCUGCAGAGACCUGUUCAGACAGAGUUAAAACUGAAGCUGACGCUGAACCAUUGAACUCGUCGUGAGGGUCCGAACCCUCAGAGUCUGCAGCCAAAUGUUUAUCAAACUUCACACAUUCAGGGAUGUUCAUCAUUCAGCUGGGAGAAAUGAACUGCUCCCAGAGACGUCACUGAUCAAAGAUACAUUAGUGAUAAUGUAGAAUAAGAAAUGCGGUUUAACAGCCACAGGAUGUGGUUUUGUGUCGGCGCCUCCAUUGUGAUCAGGGCUGUUUCUGUGUGAAAUCCAAACAUCUGUUUGAACGUGGGUGAAAAGUUCAUAUUUGACCUGUUUGAACUUUAGGCUGCGUCACUGCUCAUCAGACCAUCUGAAGUAGUUUGUUUGUGAUCCAGCAGAGGGCGCUCUAUCAGCUUCACUUAUUAUUCGGCUAACUAAGCUAACGCUAACACUAACACAGUGUUGUUAGGAAAAUGGAGGACAGCAGCGAGCAGAGCCGACACCAAAACAUCUGAGAGUCAGAAUGUAGAAGUGUUUUAGAUUCUACGCUGAGGGUCGCAAAGUCACAAAUAAAAGUGACUGUUUGUCGACUUUGUUUCUCUCCAUCAACAGUAAAUCUGCAGACUCAGCUUAGCAUCUGAGAAUCCAGACGAGUAGAGCAGAAGGUUCUUAAAGUUACAAAAAUAAUGAUGUGUUUUGGGGCUGGUGAGUUCAAAUUAAUUUGAAUGAAUUGUGGGUCAUGUAGAAUUUGUCUGAUCUUGAUGUUUAGAAAAAGCGACAGCCCUGGUCGUGAUGUCACAGUGCUCACACAGAUCACCUGUCCAACCUGGAAACCCUGAUCACUGCCCAGGAGACUGAAGCUGGAGAUUCAUUCAUGACUGAUCCCAGAGCUGCUGCUGUACAACAACACUACAGAUAUUUAACAGGCAGCUGAGAGCUGUGGUCAGCAGUCUGAUGUGACCAUAUGACCACCAUCACACCUGGUUGGUUUUCCUCAGUCGUUGUCAGGUGCUCAGAGACGUGAAGAACUGAUCAGGACUCGGGACUGGAGAGGAUCUGACUUUACACACUGCUGCCACAGUGAACACCUGGACCAGGUGAGCUCUGAGCACAGACAGAUUUCCUCUGAGGAGCCUGAACAUGACUCAAGAGGUGUUGAUGAAGAACCUGUUGCUGCUUCGUUCUCCUCACGUCUCUGUGACUCACCUGUUUUAGGAGAAACUGAUUUCUGCUGAGUCAUUCUCAGUCAGUAGAUUAUUUAAAGAACUCAUCACUAACGUCAUCAUAACAGUAAAAAUAAAAAAGAUCCUUUUGAGUUUGUGUGAAAAGAUUUAUUUUAGGAAAAUAUGAGAAAUAAAGUCAGUGAAAGACA